GUUCGCCCGGGCGCCCAUGGGCAUCGAAAGCGACGCUUUGCUUUUCACCGCGCGACCCGAACCGAACUUUGAUGCUUCGUGGUGACGAGAAAACGUCAGCUCGUUCAUUCGGGUUUCCGUUCUACACCAAGUAACACCUACCAAAAAAAUGGCGGACGCAGCUCCAGCCCAGCGUGGUGGAUUUAGAGGAGGAUUUGGUUCUCGCGGCGGCGGUCGUGGAGGCCGAGGUCGCGGACGUGGUCGUGGCCGUGGACGCGGUCGCGGCGGCAAGGAAGACUCGAAGGAGUGGGUCCCAGUGACCAAGCUCGGACGUCUGGUGCGCGAUGGCAAGAUCCGCACCCUGGAGGAAAUCUACCUGUACUCGCUUCCCAUCAAAGAGUUCGAGAUCAUUGAUUUCUUCCUGAGCCGUUCGCUGAAGGAUGAGGUGCUGAAGAUCAUGCCCGUCCAGAAGCAGACCCGUGCCGGUCAGCGUACCCGUUUCAAGGCCUUCGUCGCCAUCGGUGACAGCAACGGCCACAUCGGUCUGGGCGUCAAGUGCAGCAAGGAAGUGGCCACCGCCAUCCGGGGUGCCAUCAUCCUGGCUAAGCUGUCCGUUGUUCCGGUUCGCCGAGGCUACUGGGGUAACAAGAUCGGAAAGCCCCACACCGUCCCGUGCAAGGUCUUCGGCAAGUGCGGUUCAGUUCUGGUCCGUUUGAUUCCGGCUCCCCGUGGUACCGGUAUCGUUUCGGCUCCGGUCCCCAAGAAACUGCUCCAGAUGGCCGGUAUCGAGGAUUGCUACACCAUGACCCGUGGUUCGACCACGACUCUGGGUAACUUCGCCAAGGCUACCUACGCGGCCAUUGCCAAGACGUACGCCUUCCUGACGCCGGAUCUGUGGAAGGAUCUGCCGCUGAGCAAGACCCCGUACCAGGAGUACGCCGAUUUCCUGGAGAAGACCAGCAAGACUGGCCAGCGUAUCAUUGAGCUGUAAAUCACAUCAUCACUAGUCGAAGAAGUGCCCUCUCGGGGACGGAUGUGUAAGGUUCAGGCCAAAUAAACGCUGUUUUUGUGGCGAGAACACAAAAUCUUAA